AUGGCAGCUACCGAGCAGAAUGGCAUCGACAUUCUUUGCGAUGCCGCUGGCUCUGACAUGUUGCUCUCCUCGCUCUUCUCCCUAGCAACACCCGUUCCUGCCCCCGACCCGCACCAACGAAUCCAGCCGCCUCUGCAGCAAGAACAACAUGAGUUGCAGCACUCGCUACCUCCAGUGUCACCUUCGAAACACCAUGUAUUCCAGCAGCAGCUUGAUCCCGUACUGCGAGAGAAUUCUGGAGAAACACCACAGCGAUCUUCAUCCGUACUGCCCGCCAAGCGAAAACUCUCGAAUGCGUCCGCCUCCUCACCGUCUCACGUCUGUCACAUCUGCCGUCGCGUUUAUGAACGCGCCGAUCAUCUGACAAGACACCUCAGAUCCCACGAAAACGCCCGACCGUAUCAAUGCACUCGCUGUCCCAAGCGUUUUAACCGCGCCGAUCUCUUGACACGGCAUGAAACUACCCAUGAUCGAGACGGGGCCGCCAAGGAUCGUCCCUUCAUCAGAAGGAGCGAUCGAGCCGCCGAGGCAUGUCUCAAUUGCGCAGCGUCAAAAGCAAAAUGUGAGGAUCAGAAGCCGUGCAGUCGAUGCCGCAGUAAGAGCUUGGCAUGUCAGAUGCCUGUCAGGCGAGGGAACCAAUACAGAACAUCGGAUUCGCAGGCUGGCAUGUCGCCCUCGGAUAGUUCGAUGGUCGCUUCUACGGGGGGGAACGACAGCCAGGCAUUUACUGCUGGCGAUGCUGCUUAUGCUCUAUCACAGUCAGUAAUCGCAAGCCAAGAGCAUGCAAUUGAUUCCACUGUGGAUUAUAAUACUGCCUCUCUCCUUGGCGCUUCAAGCUUUGAAGAUGCAGCAGAAGAAUCUCUGUACUUCGCAGCGUCACAAAGGUUGUUCCCAGACUUUGGGUUUUCCUGGGAUUCAGACUUCGGGUUGAUCAAGGCCCCACGAUCGAAUACAUUUGAACGAAGCCCCGAGUCUGGAAUGGGCGCCAAAAGAUCUCGUCAAGCCUGUAAAGAUGCGAAGACAGAAAGCUUACACCUUGGAAGUUCGACAUGGGUACUUGAACCUGAGACCAGCAGCCAAGCAGGGAGCCCAGUGCCUCCUUCAGACAUAAUCUCAUCUUACUCACGGGACAGCCUGUUUGCUAUGGUCCUCUCCAACAAUCCUACCCCAAAUCGGGUGCCGUCAUUCCCAUCGGCUGACCUUUUGAAUUAUAUGAUUGAGACAUACUUUGUUGUCGAGGAUUUCAAAAGCGAAGCCUUCAUCCACAGAUCGUCCUUAGACUCGACAACGACUAGCCUUGAUCUCAUCUUUGCUGUUGUUUCAAACGGAGCUACUUACAUAUCUAAUCCAGCAAUAUGGCAGUUUGCUCUGGCUCUUCACGGUCUCACUGCAGGCAUAAUUCAGAAGUUACUUCGAAAGACUGGUAGAACAAGCUUCACGUCGGACACAAAUGCUCACACGCCUAACACUGGCGAUUCCCCUGAAAUAGUGGAGUCGAAAUGGCGAAGCUUUGUUACAUUCGAGUCCUGCAAAAGAUUAGCCAUGCGGGCAUUUCUACACGACGUGCAAUCAUCGAUAUUAUCAUGGAAAGGGCCCACACUGGCGUACAACGAGCUUGAAUUCGCCCUUCCAGCAGCUGGCGAUCUCUGGAAGGCCAGCAAUUCGCAUAUGUGGUGCGAGUUGCAUACUGGCAAGGGAGUGUCGCCUGCUGGCGAUGUUCCACGGCUUUCAGAUAUCAGGGACUGUAUGGCUUUUGUUACUGAACCAAACGCCUGGGUGGAUAUCGAGAGUUGCUGCAAAGUUGCCCUGCAUGGGUUAUGGGGACAAGUGUGGACUUAUCGUUGUGCCAUUGCCCCCCGCCACAACUCAACUUCAGAUCACUCGGGCUCUGACGUCCCCUUAUGGGCACAUUCCCUCUACCAGAGUCUCUAUAGUGGUCUUCGAAGAUUUUCAGACAAGGUCAAGGAGGUAAAGACUUUUGGUCCUGAGCUUUUGCUCCUCUCGGAACUGUUCAUGAUGAUCCUCCAUGUCUCGCUGAAUGAUCUGCAGAGUCUCGCAGGCAGGAAGGGCGAGGAAGAGUCUCGAAGAGCUGCGCAUUCUUUAGAGAAAGGCUGGCUACCCAGAUUGGAGUCUCGUCAUGCUGUUUGGCAUGCUGGGCAAGUGCUUCGACAUGCGGCACAGUGUAAAUCAACGACACUGCAAGGAUUCAACGCCAUGGUAGUGUAUUUUGCUAGCCUUACGCUGUGGGCGUAUGGUAUGGUCUCGCAGCAGUCAACAAAUGACUACCAAGGGGCAGGCGACGAGACAGUCUCUUUGAAUGGACCGGAGACGAGUGAGUUGACAGCAUUUCUCGAGCUUGGCCAGGGCAUACCGUCCCUGGCGUCACCGGGAGGGAUGCACUCUCAGUUGGAUCCCGUGUCAGACUAUGCCGCAAUGUUGUCCCUGGGUCGACACAUUUUUCGACUUAACUACCCUGCUACCAAUGAAGCCAUGCCGCCGCUUGUCGAAGGCCUAUGUCGACAUCUUGUUGACCUACAGUCUGGGGUUAAUGGGCAAGUGGCAAUGGGUACUUUGUAG